AUGCGCCUCCUUCAACUUGGAUCUGGUGGUGAACUGACUCUCACCAAGGACCUUGAGCACCAUGAUAUACCCCCGUAUGCCAUUCUUUCACACACCUGGGGAGAUGAGGAGGAUGAAGUAACUUUUCAAGAUAUUAUGGAAAAGAGAGGAAAACAAAAGCCUGGUUACCAAAAGAUCCUCUUUUGUGGCAAACAGGCUCGUGAUGAUAACCUUGAUUAUUUCUGGGUUGACACUUGUUGUAUUGAUAAGACGAGCUCUGCCGAACUUCAGAAGUCGAUCACUUCGAUGUUCCGCUGGUAUCAGGAUUCGAAGAUAUGCUAUGUCUAUCUCGAGGAUGUUUCAAAGGACGAGGAUGGCCAGACAGAGAUAUCCCGAGCGGCAGGGCAGCACGCGUUUCGAAGAAGCAGGUGGUUUACUCGCGGCUGGACGUUACAAGAGCUCGUGGCUCCGAGAUCAGUCAAGUUCUUUGAUAGGAAUUACUCACCGCUCGGCGACAAAGAAAUCCUGAGGCAGCAGGUUUCCGACAUAACAGGCAUAGCCGAGAGGGCACUUCUCGGAGAUUCACUUGCCGAUUUCGGGGUCAGUGAGCGCUAUGAGUGGGCGAGAAACCGCCAGACCAAACGCGAAGAGGAUUGGGCAUACUCUCUCCAGGGAAUAUUCAACGUAUUCCCGUCCCCUUCGUAUGGCGAGGGCAGGGCAUCGGCUGUUGGCAAACUGGUCAGAGAAAUCAAGGAGAACCUGCUUGGUAUCGAGGUGCAGGGCGUUAUAGUUGAUGACGUGGGACAGAGACGAUUUAUAAACCCGCUCCUGCUCGAUAUCGCCCUUUUGGAAACCCUGUCCCUGUUCGACAAGGCUAGAGCACAAGCCGAGCGACACAGAUCAAUCAUUCACGAGAGCAGAAGACGUUUUAAGAGAAACAAUGUCCUGGUUUCAGAUAUCACAGCCGUGUUCUUCAAAUUUCUUCGCCGGCUUCUGUGGUCUAUAUUCUCCCCGAUAAUCCUUCUCGGUACGCUAGAGACGGAGUUGGACCUGAACGCAACGCAACUCCGCAGUGUCAUCAUUUCUAAUAAUGACAUUGCUUCAAACCUGCGGCGUGAGGAAGAACACAGCCAGAAGACAUUGGAUGAAUUGAAAAGAGCCCAAGAUUUCAUUCAAACCCAGAUGGAACCUUCAACUCAAAAGAUUGAUGAUCAGUCCUCAGUCUUGAGGGAGAUAGAGAUCCUCAAGAAAUAUGUAGAGCAUACAACGAUAGAGAUAAAAGAGGAAAAACGACAACAAAUGGGCCCUGGACAAACCGGCAUGAUUGAACGGCAGUACGAGCAAUCUGUCCAGCUUAAGAAGCAGUGGCCAAAAGUGGAUAAGGAGUGCCGGCAGUGGAACCAAACCCUUGAGGGGACCAAGGAAGAAGGAAACCAAAAACGAACCGAGAUCGUGGCAACGGUGAAGAGGCAUGAGGAGAAGCUGGAGGAGGCAGAACGAAACCGCCGUGAAUGGGAAAACAAAACUUUUUUGGGAAAAGUUUGGGCGUGGCUCAUGUGGCUUAGUUCCUGUGGGUCUGGUGACUAG